ACCGCAGCUGUCCCCUUUGUCCCCUGCCAAUGCCGGCAGGUGGAGGCUGCGUGCUUGAUCGCUGCGUUGGCAUCCUAAGUGUAGGGCUGAGCUGCCGGCCCCGCUUUUUCCUUUGGGGCAGUGGCCAUGGGGGCUGCUCUCUCCACUGGAGCGGUCGUGGCCAUCUCUUUUAACUCUGUCAUCGCAUUGCUUAUCCUCAUCCUCUUCUUCAUCCUCUGCAAGGCCUGCAGGACCCCCUCGUGCCCCAGGAAGAGUCCAGCUUCUGACAUAGAUGAAACAAGGAAUGAAGAGAAGUACUUGCUGCAGCCCUGAGCUGCCUGGGGACUUGGGUACCCGGCUGUGCCAAGGUAGUCGCACCAGCCUGGAUGCCUGCACUGGGAUUGGGGCGCUGCUCUGGGCACAGUGAGAGCAGACGGGAUGCCGAGCUGCUUGCAGGGGCCAUGACAUGGGGCA